AUGAUAAUAAUUGUUUUUGGAGUAGUGUGGGAUGAUCCAGCUACGACACGCAUACCACGCCUGGAUGGCAUCUCGCGCAUACCACCGCCAGGCAGUUUUGGUGGCACCACCUCGCACAUACGCCCGCCCACAGCGCUGAAGUCGAGCACACAAAUCUUUCGGGCGCCGGCCGCGCCGGCCAAUAGCAAGGCUCGUCCCAUUAGCUCCUAUCAUCCGGCGGCGGCGCCGCUGCAUGAUCUCGGCGCCAGCAUCAAGAAGAGCGCCUCCGGCGAGCGGCUAAACAAUGCUGUCAGUUUGAUUAGCAAACGCACCACCAAUGUGCUCAAGAAGUACUUUGGCCAGGGCAAAAUGAUGGGCGCCAGCGUGGGAGGAAUACAGGGAGCAGCUGCAUCCAGCCUGAUGACCAGCUCGCUGCCACACACUCCGCUGCCAGCCGCCAAACAGCCGCAGCAGCAGCAGCAGCAGGAGCAGCAGCAGAGGCAACCGCAAUGCCUGCUAACCAGCAGCACGCCCAUGCCGCUCAUGCGCUCCGAGACGUUUGUGUGCAAUGAGGAGGAGCAGCAGUUAAGGGAGCGGGAGCCGAAGGGGGAGCAAUCACAGAUGCAGUUAACGCUCUCAGGCACACCCACGUUGAAUCGCACGCGCCUGGAAAAUACGCGUCUCUCCAGCGUGGGCUUUGGACGCACGUUGGAUUUGGAUGCAACAUUGAUCGACUCAAGCUCUUCACUGAGCCGUACUCGAACUGUCAUUGUGGACAAGAAGGAACAGCCGGAGCAGCUGGAUUCCAAUGCCACACAGCUGGUGAGCCCUUUGAGUUUCACUCGGCUAGCAACUAGCUCUGCUCAGGUGGAUCGCACACGCACUGUAAUCCCUGCUAGCGACGAGCCAGCAGAUGCCACACAGCUGCUGGGCAAUAUCAGCGGCGAUCGAGCGGAUCGCACGCGUCCCGUAAUCCCUGCCAGCGACGUGCCAACCGAGCAACUGGAUGCCACACAGCUCUUGGCCAAUUUGAGCUGUUCCCGUGCGGAUCGCACGCGUCCCGUGGUCAGCGAGGCGGCCGAUGCCUCGCAGCUCAAUCGUGCCGAUCGCACACGUACCAUCAACGCCGCCGGCGGCGAACUAAGCCAUGAGCUAAACCUGGACUUGACUAAGAGCGUAGAAAAGCUGCCGUUGCUGGAGCACAUGUCCAUGCCCUCGGGCCUGGAUCUGCUGAUGAACGGCAUCAAAUCGGAUUUGCCGCUGGAUGCGGAACUGGAUAAUACCGAGUUGGAUGUGACGCUAACCGCCUUGGCGCCGGACAAGAGCACCAUGAAGCUGCCUCUCAACUCGACCAUCAACACGGAGCGCCUGCUAGACAUCAGCGGGCUACAGUCGCCGGCACGGCACAUUCAGCUGCUCAAUUUGACGCGCGAAUUUCUGGAGCAGACGCCGCAACGCUUGCCACAGCACGGCGCCGGAAGUCGAUCGAUGCCGCAACAUUCGUUGGUCUGCCUGACGCCGCAGUCGGCGACAACGACGCCGCAUGGCAGCGGACGCUAUCAGCAAACGCCGGUGCCAGUGCAUCUGUUGUCGCCGCUGUUGAAGGCGGCACGCAGCGAUCUGGUGCUGCCCACGCGCACGCCCGAGGGUGAACUGUUGCCGCCACAUCUGGUGGAUGGCACGCUGGGUGCAGCGGUGCAACUGCGUACGCCGCGUACGCGCUACAGUUUUGGCCUGGAACUGCAGGAGAGCACGCUGGACUCCUCCUUAGAGUUGCUGCUCAAGAAGCAGCACAGUUUCGAUUUGGAUGAGAGUUUGGGCAUACUGACGCCGGAUCAAAUGAAGGAGUUUUUGGACUCAUCCUCGCAGCACAACAACAGCAAUAAUCCCAAUCUGAGUCAUCAGCUGGAGCUGCAGCUGCAGCUGCGCCUAGAGCAGACACCUUCGCCGGAGGAGCUGCCUCUCGAUCCCAUAGAACCGCAGCUGACGGCUGCUUUGGCGGCACCAGCGCCCGCCAACGCCGCCACCGCGGCUGUCGUUGUUGCCGCUGCGCCUGCCGCGCCCAAGCUGAGCAACAGCUUUAUCACCAGCGUAACCAGUGUGACCAGUCUGGAUACGGGCUAUCAGGGCGACGGCGAAAUGUCGCGUCCAGCAUCGCGCGGCGCCUGCGAUCAUUCGCCCAGCAAUGGACCACACUUGGGCCGCGUCAGCCGCCAGCCCAGCUUUCCGCCCAUGCCGGCAGCGCCGGCGGCUCCGAUGCGUCGUCAGGAUCCGAUGACCGAUUCAGAUUUCUUUACCGAAUCCGAUGCGGAUGAUGUGCUGCAGCGCGGCGAUCGGCGUGCCCAGGUCAUUGAUGGCCAGCUAUAUGGUCCGGCCAUGCAGCCAAGCGCCUCGGUGCCGCAGCUCGAGGAUUCGUGCAUGGAAUCAUCGGGCAUUUUUACGGAUGUGGAAAAUCGCUGCGAUGAGGAAAUGCGCCUGCCCGAGCUGGAGCCGGACAUCGAAAUGGAGAUGGAGAUGGACAUGUCGCCCGACGAAUCCACGCAAACGCUGCGCAAAGCUCAAGUUUCUACCACGCGCAACAUGGCCGGAUCUGGAUCGGGAUCGGGUGCCGGUGGAUCGGCUCCACGCAGCCCCUCGAGCAGCAGCGGCAGUCCGCGCAUAAGUCCCACGGUAAGGCGUUCGCCUUCGGGCACGCCGCUGGUCAAGCGCAGCAGCAGCGUUAGGCCUACGAAUGCCACGCCCACAACGUCGACGUCAACGCGGCAGCCACAGGAUAAAGGCUCUGUUGGCGUCGGCGCCGGCGUCAAUGUGUUCGCGCGUCUCUCCAAAUCGCAGUCACCCACAUCGCCCACUGCAGCCGCAGCAGCAGCAAAGCGUUUGCAGCCGGUUUUAGUUAAACGUGGUCGCUCCUACAGCAAGGACAGCCAGAAGAGCUCGCACAGCGACCUGAGUUCACUGUGCAAUGGCAAUGGCAAUGGCAGCGGUUCCCCAAAACUAUUGGCAAAAACUCCACUGCGUAAGUAG